AUGAUGAAUCCAUUGUUUCACUUGUAUACCAACCAACUAAUCACAUAUUUUUUAAAAUCAAAUUCUGUCCUCCCUCUCUCUCACCGACUCUCCACUGCCGCAGAAACUGCGCAAUGGACCACUGACGAAAUCUUGCAAUUCCAGCAUGGUCUGACCAUGUACGGUCGCGAUUUUCACUUGGUUGCUCGGACUUUACAAGCCAACGGGAUGAAUAAGUCUGUCAAGGCCUGUGUCGAAUUCUACUACGUGUGGAAACGAAUGAAUACACCUACGGAUGUCAAAUGGUCAGUUUUAUGUUGCCGUUUUUGUCCCACUGCGGUUUGUUGUUCUCCGUUAGUGUGCAAGCCUUUGAGGGAAGAAACUUUAACUAGCACACGUUCUUUUUACCUCCGUUCUAUUGAAUAUACAAAAAUAUGA